AAGAAGGGGCUGGACAGCGAGAAGGAGCAGAGAAAAGUGAGUGGAAUGAUAAAAUGAGAAGGUGGAAGCUUUCUCUUCUGGAGCUCGUGCUCGUGUUAUGGCUCGGGUUGCGCGUUCUGGCUGUGUGUCCCUCCAUGUGCUCCUGCAGUCGCAGCCACAGGGAGGUAGACUGCUCCUCGAGGGGUCUAAGAAGUCUGCCCAAUGGCUUACAGUACAACCUGCGCGCCCUUAACCUGUCCCACAACCGAUUCCACGGCCUGGAUGACCAACUUACCGCUUACACCCAUCUCCGCGUUGUUGAUUUGUCUCACAAUCGGCUGAGCCAACUGCCCGCAAACCUACCUCGUUCCCUCUGGCGGAUCUAUGCCUCCUCCAACCGCAUUCAGUUGUUGGACAAGAAUGACACGGUCUACCAGUGGAACCUGCAGCUACUUGACCUCUCUGACAACAAAAUGGAGAGAGCCACCUUCAUCAACAACACGCUGACCAGUUUGUGCACGCUCAACCUCAGCCACAAUCACUUCUGGACUUUGCCCACUAACCUUCCCAUACACCUAGAGAUUAUUGACCUGUCCCACAACUGGCUAGUAAAAGUACUUCCAGGAUCUUUAGAUCGGCUCCCCAGACUAACUUACUUCUACCUGCACGCUAACCGCUUCUCUGCAAUGCCUUUUGGAGUCUUGGACAAAAUGACAUCACUCAAAGUCAUUGCUUUGGGAAACAACCCUUGGGCUUGCCACCUUUACGCCGAUAUCAGCUACUUGCUCUCCUGGACUCAGCGUACCCCCGCACGUGUCCUGGGCUGCCCGUGCCACACCCAGCCCAUCUGUGGAGGGGUGCACCCUGGCAGGACAGGAGGGUGGCAUUAUGCCUCCUACAACUUACCCCCAUUGGCUGCCAGCGCCAAGGAUCUGACCUCCAUGACCCCUAAAGCUAGUGUCACCGGAUGGUGGUAUCUGUCUGUUUCUACCUCGCUGAACACUCCUGUUGCCCCCAGAGAGACAUGGGGCACACAACACCACACUUUCACAGCCACACCCAGCAUCAGCAUGGCCACCCUGAAGUACAAAACCACAGGCACACACCUAACUAUUGAUCACUUGUCUGCAAGUGUUAGCUCUGAUUCUCUUCAUGUCUCUGCAACAAAGGAAACCUCAACCACAGACACAAGUCUCCUUACAGAAAUGACCGACGAAGAUAACACAACAUCUGCCACAGAUCAAUUUUUUACCACAGAUAGUCUGUCCAUCCUAACAAAGAAGACAACCACACUUCGCACCAGAAGUGUGAGGAGGCAGAAUCCAUCCUUUCCAGGUGGUAUGCCCAACACUAGCCCUGCUCUUGUUUCCUGUUCCUGGGUUUUAUUCCUUCAUAGCUCAGCCGUCCUGUCUCUCAUCCUGAUUCAAGUCCAUUGA